CUUCAUUACGAUCGAUAUAGACUUGCAUUGUCGCCGUUGAUUGCCGCCGGUUGUCGCGCUGCACACUCGCGUUCGCAUUUGCUCAGAAUGAGCAGGAAAUCUUCUCAGACGAGCUCCGCCUCCUCACCCCUUCUCCUGACUGCAGACGCUGCUGCAUCGCCGCAGACCGUUGCCGACGCUGUUGCGCAAGUGUGUCAGCAGGGCUAUGCACGCCUGCCUCCGCGUGGCAAGCCGAGCCAGGCGCACCUGUGGACGGUCCUCGCUGGGAUUGUCGUCUCAGAGCCAGUGCAGCGUGGAGUCGCGCUGUCGCUCGUCGCGCUCGCCACGGGGACCAAGUGCCUCGGUGCGUCCCAGCUGGCUCGCGAUGGCACGCUCGUCAACGACAGCCACGCAGAAGUCCUCGCGCGGAGGGCGUUUCGCAGAGCGCUCGUGCAGGACAUGGCGAGCGGCAAGCCACGCUGGCUCGAGCCCAUCCAAGCGACCACAGCUGGUGCUGAUGCUGGAAAUCAUCACAAGGAUGCAGAUGCUGAUGCUGAUGGAAGUCACACGGAUGCAAGCUCAAGUGAAAACGGCCGUCCGAAUGCAAGUCACACUCAAUGGAAACUGAAGCCAAACCUCAGCGUGCACCUCUACGUCAACCAGGCACCGUGUGGCGAUGCAUCGAUCUUCCCACUGGAUCAGAUGGAUCCCAGUGAGCGCGAGCUCGCUGCGAUGGUCUACCCGGGAAACAACAAUCCCGGAAGCGGCGAUGUUGUCGCUCAUGCUGAAGUUGUUGCAGACCAACAACAGCUGCACGGCGAGAAGCGAGCACAUCCCACCGAGAACGGUGAAGCCGAUACCCAUGGCUCGAGCACAGACGCGUCAAGCGCGACGGGAGCAACGGUCAAGCGGCCACGACUCGAAUUUUCCCCGGCUGCGCAGGACAUUCAGCGCACGGGUGCAAAGACCGUGGCCGACACACGCAUGGUACUAGGCAUUGCACCAUCUACUGACGAUAACGUGCCUGCACCCAAGCUCGAUUCGCACGAGGCAGGGGCAGAUUAUCAUGUGCAAGGCUGCUUGCGGACCAAACCAGGUCGAGGCGAUCGCACGCGCAGCAUGUCGUGCAGUGACAAGAUUGCACUCUGGAGCUGCGUGGGUCUGCAGGGAGCAUUGCUCUCGCAACUUAUUCCAGAGCCGAUUCCGCUGGCAACCGUAGUGGUGGGAGAAUUGUUCCAUUUGGAAGCAAUGCAACGCGCAGUCACGCUUCGUGCCAACACUGCGUUCAAUGAAUUGCCCUCCGUUCGACGCCUGGCACCCCCAGUGCUUGCUCGCACCACGGAACGUUUUGUGGAUGGCCGGCUGGCCAAGCUCGACUUGGCACGCACUCGCGGUCCAGGCGCUGCCGAGCAGCUUCAAUCCGCGCCGUCGUCCAUUGUGUGGUUUUCAGCCAAUCCGUCGCCCGUGUUUGAAGUAUUGAUUCAAGGAAAGAAAGAAGGAGCCAAUUCGCGAGUGCCCCCGCACAAGGCGCAAUCCGUGCUGAGCAAGGCCGCAAUGCUGCAAGCGGUGGAACCUCUGCUCGCUUCGUCGUCGGCGCAGGCAUCGUCGUCCACUUACUUUCUGCUGAAGCAAGGCGCUGCGGAUUACACUGCUCGCAAGCACGCCGUGUUGGCCACAACGCCCUUCCAAGACUGGCUUCGAAAUGGCCAGUCUUGGGAAGAGUUUGCUGCAAGUCGCGAGAACGAGAAGUCAUGAGUCGAACAAACUAUAAACACCCCCCCCCCAAUUGUCUCGUUGAAAUGUAUUAAAAC